AUGGAACGCCCAGAACUUGCAUCGCCUAUUUUCCUAUUCUAUGACCUGGGUUGCACUGACACUCGCUCCGCCAAGAUGUACAUACUAAGCGAGAAGUUGCCACCCGCUUCGCACACAUUCGGGCAUGAAGGUGUGAUUGAGGCCUGUUUUCCGCCAUCUCAGUCGUCACCUCACCUCGUGAGGAGGUUGUGCCCCGCCUUGGAUGGGGUCUUCAACGCCCCGAGGGUGUUCGAGUCCCGUCGUCUGUUCGCCUUCACCAUUGUCCGGCCAGCAGCAUACUCCGGACACCUCGGUUGGGAGGCAUUUUCCCCCAGAGACCAGUCCAACGUGUACCGGCUUCCCGACAAUCAGGCGGCCGGAUUUACGUAG